AUGCGACGAGGUUUCGUUGCUACUGCGGUCGCAGUACUCGCUUCAGUGUCACUGGUGCUAGGUGAGGAGGGGUUUCCACGAUACCAACCAUCCUUCCAGCCACCGGGAUUACGCAAACGAUAUGAAGAAAUCUUGAAAGUUGAGCUCGAAAAACGGGCUUUAGAUAGUGCUUCGAAUCCUAAUGCCAUACCAUACACCGAGCUUUGGUUUCCCCAAAAGGUCGAUCACUUCGACCCUUCCAACAACAACACAUUCCAGCAACGAUAUUGGAUAUCUACUCAUUUUUACAAGCCCGGUGGACCCAUUUUUGUUCUCGAUGGCGGAGAAACAAGUGGUGCAGGUCGCGUCGAGUACAUGCAAACGGGUAUUGGGCGAUAUAUCACCGAAUACCUUGGAGGCAUUGGAAUAGUUCUCGAACACAGAUACUACGGCAAGAGUUACGUAACUCCAAAUCUAACAGUUGAGAAUUUGAAAUGGUUGAACACGGCACAAAGCUUGAAGGAUAAUGCAUAUUUCGCGGAAAAUCUGUGGAAAGAGCUUCCUGCGAAUUUAUCUCACAUACGGCCUGAUAACGCGCCGUUUAUCAGUUAUGGUGGGUCUUAUGCCGGAGCUAAGUCGGCGUUUUUACAAAUCGAGUAUCCGGAGAUAUACUAUGGGUCUUUGGCAUCGAGUGCGGUGACUUGGGCCGGGGAGAACUUUUGGGAGUAUAACGAACCGGUGAGGAAGGUUGGAGAUCCCAUUUGUAUUGCGAUCUUAGAAGAGACCUCCAGGAGAAUAGAUACAUACAGCAAGGUGGGAGGACCCAUAUGGACGGAUUUCAAGGGACUUUUUGGAGUGAAAAGGCUGGAGGAUCGUGAUGCUGCAAAUUUUAUAUUUGGUAUCCUUGGAAUCUGGCAGCUCGGGAACUGGGAUAAGAAUCAAAGGGGUGCGAAGGAUUGGGAUAGAUUUUGUGCGAAUAUUACCGAGGGUGUGGAUGAAGACUACAGCAAACCAGGUUUCCCAGAAAAGGUUUUGAGGAGCAGACCUGAUUUUGAUCUGGAAGAAGGUAUUCAUAACUUUGCAAGGUGGACGAGGGCGUCAUUGGGGAGCAGUUGCGGUGAUGAAGACCUUGUGAAGUGCGUAGGAACGUGGGAUUUGGGGGGAUACGAAGGCGAAUCUUUGAGCGAGAGUUGGAAGCUAUGGACAUGGCAAGUCUGCACAGAGUGGGGAUAUCUUAUUCCAGGAGCACCUACUGGUUUCCCGACCUUAGUGCCGCGAAUUGUAGAUCUCAAGUAUCUUCGCCGAAUAUGUCAAAAUUCUUUUAAAUUGCCCCCGGAUUUUGUCAUAGAUACAUCCAAGGUUCUAAGAUACGGUGGCUUCAACCUUACUGCUCCAAGACUGAUGUAUAUCGACGGAACCCACGAUCCCUGGCUCUACGCCACGCCCCAUAGUAUAAAUUCUCCGCAAAAGGAUAGAAGCGAUCGGCUUAGUAUUUUGAUUCAAGAGGCAUGGCAUCAUAAUGAUGAAAAUGGUUUAGGGGAUAUCUCAAAGGAGCCGUUGAGGAUUCAGGAUGUGCAUUUCCGAGAAAUCGAGGUUGUUAGAGAUUGGAUUCUGGAGUUCCAUAAGAAUAAAGGUAAUACAUGGGAGCCUCCAAUGAAGGUUUGA